AUGACAAGCUCUCAUCCCGCUGCACCUGCAUUUCUGGAACCCGAGCCUCAAUUGGAUAACCAUCGCAUGUCGAAUUACGAGAAUGCUUUUCGGCCUUUGUUAUUCAAGGAGAAGUGGAAGUCUUUGACUGACAAGCUGCCGUCGUUGCAGAUCCCGAUCCCACGUCGUAGUAGCAUUCAUCAUCAUCAUCACCAUGCUCGUCAACAAAGACAUCAAGGAACUCGGCAUAGUAGUAACAACAAUGAACACGCAUCACCAUCCACAUUAAGCAACAAGAUGGUUUCCACGGCAACCACAACAACCGCUAUGGUGGAGGAUGAUUAUUCGCCAAUGUCACCUACCAUGGCGACCGCUUCGGCAGCAGCAGCAGCAGCAGCUGUGCAGCAUCACCCUGGGUCAACGGUUGCGGAAUCGUUUCUAAACUGUCUCCGAUUAUCGAGCCUGCGUCACUCUACACCACCACCUUGUUCACUCUCGUCAUCUUCAUCUACCAAUAGUAGUAGCAGUGAUGAUGAAGCCUUGUUAGAUGAACAAGAUCCAGCUAUUCGCAUGGCAGCCGAAGCACUUGCCGCUGCAUCCGCUGAUGCGCAUCACCGCGCGGCACAAGAGCAUCAUCAUCAGCACCUCGUGUCACUAGCCAUGCAGCAACAACAACAAUCUAACAACACCGCUGCUGCUACUACUACCAACAACAAGCGUUCCUCUGGCAUUGAUCACUCCAAAUUCCUUACAAAGAACGCCCACAUCAAACGCCCACGUAAUGCAUGGAUCCAUUUCCGCUGUCAUUAUGGCCAAGCACUUAAAUCACAAGAUCCCACGUUACGUGCUGAGGAGAUCUCAAAACGUGCAUCACGGCGUUGGGCCCGACUCACGGAGAAGGAAAAGAAACCAUGGCAUGAUUUGGCUGAACAAGAAAAGUUGGCUCACAAGGAAGCAUUCCCAGAGUAUCGUUACUGCCCCAAACGUCACUCAUCGUCAUCCACGGCAUCUUCGUCAUCAUUGUCCUCUUCUUCUUCAUCGUCUCCUGCUUCCAAUUCCAACUCGUUGAUGUUUGCUGAUGCCCUUGCAGCGGAACAGCAAUCCGGUGGUGACACGGGCGGUCAACGUUACAAGAAGGCUAGACGGCGGACAAAAUGA